AUGGGUGUCAUAAGGAAAAAUGCAGCCUCGCGCGGCGGCGACGGUGGCACCAAAUACCACUGCGAUGUUUGCUCUAUCGAUAUCACCUCCACCGUCCGCAUAUCCUGCGCAAAUCCCGCUUGUCGCGAAUACGAUCUGUGUGUACCCUGUUUUGCUCGCGGAGAGCACUCUAAAAAUCACGAUCCCCGCACGCAUGAAUACCAUGUGGUGGAACAGAACUCGAUCCCCAUUUAUACAGAGGACUGGGGUGCCGAUGAAGAACUGUUACUGCUCGAAGGCUCUGAGAGGUAUGGACUCGGUUCGUGGGCCGACGUAGCAGAGCAUAUUGGAGGGUAUCGAGAGAAGGACGAAGUUCGCGACCACUACAUCAACACCUAUAUCAACAGUUCGCGGUUCCCUCUCCCUGAACUGGCCGAUCCUGCAGACACCCGACUAUUUGAACGUAUACCCAAGGAUGAAUUCCAAGCGCGCAAAAAGCGGCGCAUUGAAGAACGUAAGGAAGCGGCGAAGUCAGCUCCCCCUGCCACGCCCAAGCAGAAACCCACUGCCUCGGUACCAGCUUGUCACGAGGUGCAAGGUUUUAUGCCUGGUCGUCUAGAAUUUGAGACCGAGUUUGCCAAUGACGCCGAAGAAGCAGUUCAGCAUAUGUCCUUCGAGCCUGGUGAUGGUCUUGACCCUGUCACAGGACAGAUGGAUGAGGAGACCACGUUGAAAAUGACAGUCUUCGACAUCUACAACUCUAGACUAAAAGCGAGAACAGACCGAAAACGAAUUAUUUUCGAGCACAACUUACUAGAAUACAAAAAGAACCAGCUUAUUGAUAAGAAGAGAACGAAGGAGGAGAAAGAUUUGCUUCACAGAGCCAAGCCUUUUGCCCGAAUGAUGAACCACGAAGAUUUCGAGGCAUUGAAUAGGGACCUCCUUCUUGAGCACAACUUGCGCAUUGCCAUUUCUCAGUUACAGGAAUGGAAGCAGAUGGGUAUUAGCGACUUGAGAGGUGGCGAGAAAUACGAAGCUGAUAAACAAGCCCGUGCUCUACGGAAUCAACCCCAGGGACAGUUUGACAGGAUGCCUCAGAUACCUAAGAAGGGCAGCCAAAUCCAACAACCCGAUCUGCCCACAGAAGCAUCCAAGUUGACCACACCCGAAUUGCCUCUCCGGUUUCAGCGCAAACAGAAAACGGUACCUCAGUUCGCUGACAGUCAGCCCGCCGUGCAGAACGACUUUGAUAAACUCUUUGCGGAGGCCAGCGGUCCAGACAGCUCUGCAGGUCCGAAACCUAAAGUUCGCUAUGUGGUGCAGCCUUUGAAUGGGACGACCCCAUGGAAGUUGGAAGAGGAUAAAGCGUAUGCUCCUGAUCUGCAGCUCUUGAGCGAGGAAGAAAUUCAAUUGUGCAACACACUCCAUAUUCGACCGAAGCCAUAUCUUGCACUCAAAGAAGGCUUAUUGAAGGAAGCCAUGAAACAAGGCGGGCAGAUGAAGAAAAAGGAGGCUCGGGGAGUCUGCAGGAUCGAUGUCAAUAAAGCUAAUCGCAUAUUCGAUUUCAUGAUACACUCUGGGUGGAUUGCAAAGGCGUGA